AUGGCUCUCAAGCGGAAAGCUGCCACUGAUGUGACAUCGCCAUCCAAACGUCAUCACAAGAUCGAUUUCCACAGUGACGACCCAAUCUACGAAGAGGUUCAUUCGAAUGCCGAUUACUCAGCCUCUGGCACUCCCAGUAUCGUCAGCCAUGACAUGAACGAUACUCCAGCAACCCCAUUCUCUACAACGUCGGCUCGAUACCCAUCCGAACUCAAAACACAUCGUUGCCCAUUUGAAGGUUGCGAUAAGGCAUUCAAUCGUCCUGCUCGGCUCCAGGAGCAUAUCCGAUCUCACAAUAAUGAACGUCUUUUCCCUUGUACCUAUGACGGCUGCGAAAAGACAUUCCUGCGAACCUCUCAUCUCAAUCACCAUAUUAAGAGCGCCCAUACUGGAGUUCGUGACUAUCUCUGUGAUCGUUGUGGCAAAAGCUUUGUGACAGGCUCACGUCUUCGCCGUCAUAUUGCUGCGCACGAGGGUCAAGACAAGUACCGAUGUACCGAGUACGCACCUUGCGAAGAGACCUUCCGAAAACACUCCACCUUGCAGAAACAUAUUAUGACCGUCCACCUGAACCAAAAACCAUUCCCUUGCACACAUGUUGACGAAGUGACUAGUCAACGAUGUCAGGUGGCUUUCGAUACUGCUGGUCAUCUUCGAUCUCACGAGAACAGGGUUCACAGCGAGAAACGAUUUAGCUGCGCCGAAUGCACUGAGCGCCUGGAGGAGCAAAUGUCUACCAUGGAUGGCUUAGAUAACGCGGCGGUUCAAUCAGUCACUUUCCCUACAUAUGCUCUCUUGCAAGACCAUCUCCGAACAGUCCACCCUCCGAAAUGCCCCCAAUGCCCGAUUAUCUGUUCUACCUCGCGAGAGCUACGACGCCACCUUGAGGUUGCUCAUGGAGACGUCAGCUUGGAAGAGAGAAAAGUCUUCGAGUGCACAUAUCCGGACUGCGAUCGAAGCUUCACCAAGAAAGGUAACUUGACAGUCCACAUUCGUACUGUCCAUGAAGGCGAAAAACGAUUUGGAUGUGGAGACACCGACCUCUCGACCUCGAAGAAAGUCACAGGCUGGGAUGGAAUUGGUUGUGGCAAGAGAUAUGGAAGCAAGCUUGCGCUUGAGGAACAUGUCCGUACGACCCAUCUGGGGUUCCAGAAUGCUAAGGCUGAGCGACGCCAGCGACUUGGUUUGGAUAAGAAAAAACCCAAGGAUGCAGGCACAAGCAACAAGAUGUCGACACUGGCUGCUCUAACUGGUCAUGGAUAUGCGGAGGAGACCGGUCGUCAUAUUGCUUGUCUGUAUGAUUCUUGCGAAAAUCGUUUCCACCGUGACUAUGACUUGUGGGUCCAUAUGACCACUAAGCAUGGAUGUGCCGAGGAUGAGGUUCAAGGACUCUUCAUGCAGCGUGCUCUUCUGGGAGACCAGACUGGACGGAACUCACUUGGCAUAUAUGGCCUCGAGUUCGACGAUGUCAACAUGGGCCUGGAGAAUGGAUCACAUGCCGGCCCGGGCGCUUCAAGUGCUUUCUCGAGCCAGAAUGACCAGUAUUUCAACUCGCCAAGUGGCCCGGGUUCUGAUUUCAUGAUGCAAGAUGUUUUUCUUGCAGACUCCAACCAGAAUCCUGACGCAAUGGCCUCUAACCACAAUGAACUGGCCUCGAUCGACCCUGUUCUAGCAUAUCAUAUGAUGGAAGAAUAA